GAUUGUAACACCCGCCAAACGUCAUUUUGUUGUGGCUCGGAGUGCUAGCAACUGAUGGCUACUGACACCAGCUUAAUGAAGCGAGAUGAAAACAGGCCAGAAACAUAAGUCCAGCUCUCCAGAGCCUACACAUGCAAAAGUUGCCAAGAGGGAGCCAAGAGCCUGUGCUGAAAGCAGACUGACCUUCAGUCCCGAGAAGAGGAUUUUCACUCCCAGCAAGAGAAAAUUCCCAAAUGCAUCUUCUCCCAGACGGCAUUCGCCUAGAUUUAAGUGUCAUACCCAUGAGACAGGUAAUGCUGAGAGUGGGCUUGAUGUGGUACGGUCCUCCAGCAGUCUGGAGUCAUCCCUGUGUCAGUCAGAGGUGGACACAGAACUGGGACUCGUCAUCACACUGGGUCAGUUACCUCUGGUGUUGGAUGAAGAGGGACCCGGGGAGCCAGAGCAGCUGAGGAAAAAAUGUGGAGGAAAACCAAUGAAAGGACUGCUAACAAAUGAUUACAGAGCAAUGGCAGAUAAUGAGAGAGAUGCUGAAGAAUCCGAUGUGGACAGCGAGGAAGAGUUCAGAAAACUGGACAGGGACCUGGCCAUCAAGUCUAAACAGCACAACCUAACGUCAGGCCAUGUGCGCAGCAUCAUUCAUGAGGUGAUCACCAAUGAACACGUCGUAGCCAUGAUGAAAGCUGCUAUCAGAGAGACCCAGGACAUGCCCAUGUUUGAGCCCAAAAUGACACGUUCGAAGCUCAAAGAGGUUGUUGAGAAAGGGGUGGGAAUUCCUAAUUGGAAUAUCUCACCUAUCAAGAAAUCAAAAGAAAUAAAGCCUCCGCAGUUCGUGGACAUUCCUCUUGAGGAUGAGGAAGACUCUUCAGAUGAAGAGUAUUAUCCUGAAGAGGAUGAAGAGGAUGAGACUGCAGAAGAGACUAUCAUCGAGAGUGACAUGGAUAGCAUUUCGUCUUCACCACGUAUGAGUAGACAAGCUCGCUCUUGCACACCCAUAGAGCUCUCGGAGUGCGAUGAAGAAAGAAGCAACAGUCCACGAAUGAAGCCAAGGCACUUGAGAGUAGAAGCAGUGCCUAUGGGCCCUCCUGCCCCUCCCUCCCAGUCUGGUGUCCCUUCUCGGCCCUCGAGGGCUCUUGAUUCGUUUAUGGAGAAGCUGCAUGCUGUGGAUGAAGAGCUCGAGCUCAACCCUCUCUGCAUGGAGCCUUUCCAGGCUCUGAGUAGUGGUGAGAGUGCUGAGGAAAGCCUGGUGGCAUGCCGGACACGAUCCAAGCAUCCAUUGACAGAUGUCCCAUUGGACCAGCUGGAGGCCGAGCUGAAGGCUCCUGACAUCACACCGGACAUGUACGAUUGCGCCUCAGCACUGGAGGAUAAAGAGUGGAGCCACUGGCUGCAGGGCCUCAUGACAUCACACCUGGACAACGAAGAAGAGGGUGAUGAUGAUGAUGAUCCUGAAUAUAACUUUCUUGAUGAUCUCGACGAGCCUGACUUGGAGGACUACCGCAACGACCGUGCAGUUCGCAUUACUAAGAAAGAAGUUAAUGAGCUCAUGGACGAGCUAUUUGAGACGUUCCAGGAUGAGUUGGGAGUAAAUGAGGAUGAAGAAGCCCAUGAGGAAGAUGAGGAGCGGGAAAAGCUGUCAUCACAAAACACUGCCAAAUUCAAUGUCCCUCAAGCCAUUCGAUUUGAGGAGCCACUUGCCCACAUGUUGACCGUGUGCAGGCGUACAGUCCGUGAGCAGCUGGAUGCUCUUCAGCAGCGUCGAGAACACCAGAGCCGACCACACCACAAUGCAUCAGGGCCUGCCAUGCUCCUCAUCCCUCCUCCCUGUACGUUGAUGGUGACACCUAAUCAGAAAUGGCAGCUCCAACAGCAGAUCCAGCAGCAUGUCCAGUUGUUGACGCAGGUGCACAUGCUGUGUAGCCCUGUUGAGGCGCUACAGAACCAGGCCACCACCACCAAACUCUUCUUGACAGAGUUGCAGUCAUUUGCAGAGCGGACAGAGCAGAUGAGAACAGUGGUUGAGCCUGGGUUCAAAAGUGCGUUCCAUGUGUGUAACCUGCAGCCGUCUCUGGACUUGCUGGAAGAACUAGAGAAAGCAGCCUCUCCACCCAUUCCUCAACCCAGAAGCAUACGAUCGCAUGCUGUGCAUCGCUACCCGUUUCUCCCAGCUCACCUGGCCUGGCUGUUUGCCACGAGGUCAGUGUUCUUGUACCCAGAGUUACUGCCCCACUGCAGCCUGGACCCUGCCCUCCAACCCCCACGCAGCAAGACUAUUUACACAAAAGGAGAGGAUGGUCUGAUGGUUCUGGGGUUGAAGCAUUUCAGCGAGACCGAAUUCCCCUACCAGUUAAUGAGUCAGUAUCUCCUACAGCCGAAGAGGCUGGAGCAGCUACGAGCCCGUGUGAAAGACAUGUGCUCAAGCAGGGCUCCAGACAAUAUCAUCAAGUUUUACUGUAAGCACCGUGUGGUUCCCCAUCUACCUGUGGCCUGCUGUCCAGUUGUCCCAGGCGAAGAGCACCCACCGGUGGAGAGAGAGAACAUCAUCAUGCCCAACUGGCUUUUGAAAAGUUUGCCAUGCAUAUAUAAAGCAGUGUUUGAGAGACAAGCAGAAGAAAGGACAUCAUUUGAUAGAAGUACAACUGCUUCACCUCCUGUCCCCACCUUUCCAAAGGGAACACGGUACCCGCUGUCCCUUCCUAAAGGUUUAACUCUCCAACUGCAUCCUUCAGCCAGGCGUCAAAUUUCUGCUCGACCAUCCAAGCCCCGUCCUCUACGUGGUUUUGGACGUCCUGCUUCCACACCAUUAGCAAAGGCCCCUCUGUGCCCUAUUGGUACAGUUAAUUUAUUGUCUCCAGUCCCAGCAUCCCUCCCCUCUCAAGGAGUAAUACUGUUAACUCCAAGCCCCUUAAUUCCAGUGAAUGAGGCUCAGGUAACCACAACCCCUGCUCAUGGAAUAGCACCAUUAAACUCUGAUCCUGUUAACUUCCGGUAUAUUGUUCCACAGCAGAGUUAUGUUAACCCCAUAGAGCCUCCUGCUAGUUUGUCCCAAGCUACAGUUCAGACACCUUCAACUCUGGCUGUAGCUUGUAAUAGGCCUGUUACCACUAAUGGGGUAGGUAAGUGCGUAAACCUUUUCCAGAAGAAAGCAGAAGUGCCUAGAAAACUGCUUCCCCUUCAGCCUUCCCCCUUUAAUCCAGCCCAGCUACUCCCUCAUACCCCUGUUAGUGUGACUCUGGGCAGCAUGGCACCAAAUGUCACAUCUGCUAACUUGAUGGAAAACGGCUCGAACGCUGCUCCAUCUAUGGUCAUCAUCCAGCCUUCCUCCUUACUGGAUACUCCUUAUAUCCAUCCACCAGUAGACUCUCAAGGAUUGGUCAAGUCCUCUACCACUUCACUACCUCCGGAUUCAUUUACUCAACCAGUCCCAGGAACACUGUCCAGGCCACUGUUGCCUAGCAACGGUGUCAGAAUGUCAAGCCCAGACGCUGUGAAGGAGCCAGCAAACAGUGAGUUUAACCUGAAGUCUAGUCUUGUGUUUGUCUCACACACUCCUUCUCUUCCACUUCAUGUGACUGAAAGCCUCAAAUCAAGCCCAAGCUUGCAAAGCAUGAACAAUCAGGAACAGUCCUGGUCUACGGUGAAGGGUAAAAUUGCAUGUGAUGUACUUGCGUCAAAUCACCAAAGCAACCCUGUACCACACACGGGAGUUAAUAGCAUAAGCACUGCAAAUCUCAGCUGUGGUUCAUUAGCUUCCAACAAUAGAAGUACUGGAGUUACAUCACCCACCACCAGCCCCCCAGGCCACUCUGCUCGCUCUGAUGUACCUGCAGAUAAUUCUCAGUGUGUGUUACUUCGAGCAACUUCACAGGUGGGUACACCACAAUCCUUUCUAAUACACAAAACCAGUCUGAUCCCAGAUCAGCCUCGGUUGAAUUCUGCUAAAGGAGAAAGCAAAGUGGCUCAACAAAAAACUACACUUUACAGCUCUGAGAGUUUUUCGACCUCGCGCAUGUCAAAUGUCAGAGAAGAUCAGUUAUCACUUAUUGCUGUUGGAUUGCCUUUUGAAGGUGCUAUAAGCCAAGCCCCAGCUUUACCAAGUACAGAUAUGGGUGGUGAUGAGUUAUGGAAAGAGGAUAUGGCGGCAGAAGCAAAGGUAGGUGGAGAAGAGAUGGCAAGCGCUUUAUUUGCAAGCCCCCUCCUUACACUGUCUGAAUCCUCCUCUAGCCCAGACUCCAAUUUGAGCAGUAUCAGCCAUACAGAGACAUUAGAGAAUAUGAUGGUGGACAGCCCAAACACUAGCGAACAGCACAGCAGCCACUUCAGUAAAGAGAGUGGUGGUGGGAGCGCUCAUGCCCCUGCUAACUCAAACAGGAGUGAAGGACAAGUGAGUAGUACAGGUGAAGUACCAGGACUGCUCACUUUUACCUCUGGCACUGAAAACCAUGAACCUCCUGGGGAAGGAGAGGGGUUGAACAAGGGAAACGGAGGAGAUGGAAGAGAAGGGAAUCAGAAUGAAGAAAAUGGAGGAGGUGAAGAGAGGGAUGCAAAUGAUGGUGAGAAGAGAGGAGAUGGGGAUGGUGGCAGGGAGAGGCAAGGGAAUGGAGGAAGGGAUAGAAAUGAUGAUGAGAAGGAUGGAGAUGGAGAGCGUGACGAGGAAGAGGAGGACUUUGAUGAGCUCACACAAGAUGAAGAUGAGGAGGAAGUGAUGUCAUCAGCGUCAGAGGAAUCCGUUCUCUCAGUGCCUGAAUUGCAGGAGACUAUGGAGAAGCUGACUUGGCUGGCAUCAGAGCGCAGGUUAUGUGGGGAAGGGGAUUCAGAGGAGGACAACUCUCCGAACUCGCCCACUUCCCCUACUUCGCCAAUCUCUCAAAACUCGCAGGAGGAGAAUUCAGAAGAUGAAGAGGAUGGGGUGUUGAAAGGUGAAGAGUUGGAGCCCACUGAAGGAGAGGGAGGAAAACUGCCUGAAGGAGAUGCACCUCAGGAGGAUGACCCGCCACAGAACAGUGGGAAAGGAGCAGGACGUGGUAGAGGUCGUGGUCGGCCCCCACCCCGCAGUCUUAGGAAAAGCAGGCGACAGGAACGAGGCAGCAAGGACACUUCAAAACUCCUCUUGCUCUGUGAUGACCACAUCCUUGAUAAUGAUCCUAUGAGGGAAAGCAAAGACAUCGCAUAUGCCCAGGCCUACCUCAACAGGGUAAGAGAGGCCCUGCAGGAUACUCCAGGUAAGGUGGAGGAAUUCUUGAGGCUGCUGUAUGAGUUUGAGCAGGGAAGCGAGAGUCGCAGUGCUGUUGAGCUCUUUUCUCAACUCAAACCUCUGCUCAAAGAUUGGCCCGAGCUGCUGAGGGACUUUGCCGCUUUUCUUCUUCCAGAGCAGGCUCUGGAGUGUGGCCUGUUUGAGGAGCAGCAGGCUUUUGAGCGUAGCAGGAGGUUCCUAAGACAGCUGGAGAUCAGUUUUGGGGAAAAUCCUUCUCACUACCAGAAAAUUGUGAAAGCUCUUCAAGCUGCAUCUGCCCCCACCCCUGCAGGGGUGGAAGAGCUGAAAACACAGAUGGCCACCCUCCUUAAAGGUCACACACACCUGCAGGGAGAGUUCUCUGUAUUUUUUGAUGAGCUCCGUCCACCACCAGCACGUCCAGGACAGUUUGAGGAAGCAAUCUGGCCUGAGGAUGGAGGGAACAUUACAGAAGGAGGUGACAGAACGAGUUUGGAAAGUGGUGGGUUUGAGGAAGUCACUCUCCCUGAUCUGGAGGAGGAAGAGGAAACCCCCAAAAUUCCCCAGAUAACAGGAAGGAGCCGGAAAAGAAAAGAGUUAAGCACACACAGGAACUACAAGCAGGCUUGUGAUUGGCCAGAGAAGCACUGCCCCUGCCACUGCCAUUUCUCUAGUCAUGAUGCUAAGCAUCGGCGACACAAAAGAAAAGGCUGCCCUCGCUGCCAUAGCAUCAAGGGCACUGAUGGCUCCAAGUCACUAAAGACUGAUGAUCAGUCAUUCCCCGCAGCAGAGCCUCUACCUGAGAAGCAGGAAGAAAGGGAUGAAUCCGAAAAAGGAGUAGAGAAAGAGACCGAGACAGACGUUAAAGACGAGUCUGGUAGUGGGACAAACAGUCCACAUCCUGAGCCAGAAGGCCAAGCAUGGGAGUGCAUUGAAGCAGACUCUUUAGCCAACCCUGAGGAAAGGGACUUUGAGGAUGAAGAGGAGGAGGAAGAGGAGUGGAAGGAGGGAGAGAGGGAGCACAGUUCCUCGACUAGUAAGUCUAUGAGGGAAGAAGAGGCUCCAGCUGCUGAACGCUCAGGCACUUUUCUUCUUCCUACAUCAGGAGAGAGCGAGACAGCACAGCAGAGCCUGCAGAGUCCCUCAUCUGAAACCUCUGUCUGUGCCAAGAACAUCUCCCUUACUCCCAGUGGAGAGAAAGUUGUCCUCUGGACCAGAGAGGCAGAUCGGGUCAUUUUAACAGCCUGUCAGCAGCAAGGGGCCAACCAGAGUACCUUCCAGUCUGUGUCAGCUCAGCUCGGCAACAAAACCGCCAGUGAGGUUUCCAAGAGGUUUCGGGACCUGAUGCGUCUGUUCCAUACCUCAGCUCGUCAGGUCAGCUCAGACGAGGAAACAACUGAACAGCAGUCAGCGACUGACGAGGAGCAGGACUGACGCAAUGCUCUGAGAAUGGGAUUAUACCUUUAAUAGACUAGCUAAAGACACUUGAGUUACAAUUGUAGACAACAUAACUACAGUAACCAUGGGAACACAAUGACCUAUAGGAGUUACAUGUUAGUUACAUAGCUUAAUUUAUUAGACAAACUGCCAUUAAUCUGAUUGCACAUCAGGAACAUGUUUUAUGGCAUUCCUGAAAAUGGACAUGCUGAGAUUCAAAAAUUCAACUAAUUUAUCACCAGCUUAUGAACUGAGAAUGGCAGCUACCCGUUCUAUUACAUUGGAAAGACUUUGUUUGUGGGUGGGUUUUUUUUUUUUCUUUUUUUAAAUCUUCGCUUCACAGUGGACAUAUUGUGUAUAUCUUGUAAAUAUAAGAUUGGGCAAGCCCAAAAUAUGUACAGUAUUUUUUACAUGAGGUUUUUUUUUGUUUUACCCAGUAUGUUUGAGACGGAAAUAAAGUAGAAGAUUCCCUUGGCUGUAAAGAAUUAAUAAAAUAAUUCUUUGUAUAAGAGAAAAA